AUGAAUCCCAGAUCUGUGGUGUCAGUUUCUGGCCAGGAGGCGGUAGUUCAUCAUCCCCAUAACCAGCAGAAAUUCUCUUUCUGUUUUGAUUUUGCUUUCUGGUCUUCUGAUGGCCAGGGAGACAGUUACGCUGGUCAGGAGGUGGUUUACAGGAAAUUGGCCCAACCCCUCCUUGAUAAGUUAUUCCAGGGGUAUAACACCUGCCUUUUCGCUUACGGACAAACUGGAUCAGGAAAGUCCUACACAAUGAUGGGAUAUGGCGAUGAAAUCGGAAUAAUUCCCCGAUUUUGUGAAGAGUUAUUUCUCAAAGCUUCCCAAGUCCAUCUUCGUGAGGUUGCCUGUCAUAUUGAAAUGAGCUACUUUGAAGUUUACAACGAAAAAAUCCAUGAUCUUCUCUCGUCAGACAAAGAGCAGAACAAAAAGAAGACCUCGCUUCGUGUGAGAGAGCAUCCAGAAUUGGGCCCAUAUGUUGCUGGACUGUCUUCGUAUGUGGUAAGCUCCUUCGCAGAUGUGCAGGUCUGGCUGGAGUUGGGAAACAAACGGCGGGCAACAGCAGCCACCGGUAUGAAUGACAAGAGCUCCAGGUCCCACUCCGUCUUCACCAUGCUAGUGACGCAGACUAAGAGAGAGGAUGUGGAGGGCGAUACCCAUGAUCACACCACGAGGAGUCGCGUUAAUCUGGUGGAUCUGGCAGGAAGUGAGCGAUCCACAUCUGCGCACACCAGUGGCACAAGACUCAAGGAAGGAGCAAGUAUUAACACAUCCUUGAUGACCUUGGGGAAGGUAAUCAGUGCUCUUUCUGAAGCCCCGCUGUCCAAGAAGAAGCAAUUUAUUCCAUACAGAGACUCAGUGUUAACCUGGCUGUUGAAGGAGAGCCUUGGAGGGAACUCCAAGACGGCGAUGAUCGCAGCACUGAGCCCAGCCGCGCUCAGCGUAGAGGAGACCCUGAGCACUCUGCGCUACGCCACGCAGGCGCGCAAGAUCAUCAACGUGGCAAGGGUCAAUGAGGACACCGGUGCCAGAAUCAUCAGGGAGCUUAAAGCAGAAAUUGAGAAGCUGCGAGCUGCUGGCCAGUGUAGACAAGGACUGGAUGUACUGAACUAUGAAGCUAGCCUUCAGGAGAUCUUGGCACUUAAAGAAAAGCUCUUGGAGCAGGAGAGAGAGUUUAAAAAGGCUCAGGAGGAAUGGAAAGAGAAGAUAGCUCUGGCUGAGCAGAGCAAAAUCAAAGAAGCCCAAGAGCUUAAGAAGUCAGGAGUAUCUUUUAAGGCGGACCACAGGCUACCCUAUCUUGUGAACCUGAAUGAGGAUCCCCAGCUCUCCGAGAUGCUCCUGUACGUAAUUAAAGAAGGUCAGACGGAAGUAGGAAGGCCCACCAAUGGUUCCACAUAUGACAUCCAGCUGACAGGAGCGCUCAUUGCAGAGCAUCACUGCGUUCUUACAAAUAAGCAGGGCAUCGUCACUUUGACCCCAGCUGCGGAGGCAAAGACUUACAUUAAUGGAGCCCUCCGGACCAAGGUGGUCACGCUGCACCAUGGGGACCGUGUGGUCCUUGGUGGAGAUCACUAUUUUCGCUUCAGCCAGCCCAUGGAGGCUCAGAGUGGAUACCGUGUGCCUGCAGACCCAGGGGAUUGUCAAGAGGGGCUCAAGGAUUUUGAAUUUGCUAAGAAUGAGCUACUUAAUGCCCAGAAACAAAGGAUUGAAGCUGAAAUUGAAGAAGCAAGGCAGCAGGCGCAGCUGGACAUGAUGCAGGAGCUGCAGACAGCCAGAGAGCUGGCCCAGCAGGAAUUGUCAGCCCAGAGGCUUCUGUAUGAGAACCACAUCCGAGAGCUACAGAGAGAGAUGGAAGAAGAUCUAAAUAUGAAGCAGGAAAUUCUGAUGAAGGAGGUAGAGAAGAAAAGAAAGUCUCUGACACUCGUAACUGGUCCUUCCACACAGGAGCUUGAAGAGUGCGGGCUGAGACACCACAAGCUGAUGGAGGCCCUGGAGCAGGAGAAGGAGAAGCUGGCGCAGGAGGUGGCUCGCGUGCAGCAGGCCCGCGUCUCCAGAGAGGAGGAGCGGAGGAGAUUGCCUCCUAAUCUUCCACAGACAUUCUGUGCUUGUGUGUGCACCUGUGCUGCUAUAGACUGGUGUCCCAUCCGGAAUGUGGUCUUAUACCCAGGUUACCUGGCAAUAGACCAUACCUGUUUUGUCUGCAGCAGCAUGGGUAAACCACAAGAUGUCACUAUCUAUAAAGAAGAAGUUGUGCUGUAUCCAGAAUUUUUGUAUGAGCCAAAAAGCAGUAGCAUCUGA